AUGAAGCAAUUCAAGGACGCCGUCUCAAAGAUUUCUUCGCAUAGUGCGGACAAAACCAAGACAGUGGCCGAGGAGAAUGACGCUCUUUGCAACGGCGAGGAGGACAUCAGCCCUGUCUGGACCACGGGACAAGAGUUCCAGUUCUACGUCCCUUGGCUGUGGGACAAAACCCCAGAGCCACCACCAGACAAACUGCACCCGAACAGACGGGUGGUCCGAAUACGUCGACCUACAGACCUUCCUGGGUUUACGGAAGAGUUCUGCGAGGACUGGAUCCAGGAGAGCGUCACUUCUGCAGUGAAAGAACUGGUCGACGAUAAGGAGCACUACUUCACUUGCACCGAGCGUCAACUGAAGCAGUGGCGCUAUGACCAGACAAAGGCAUGGAAGCACUUCAACAUAGUGCAGAGCAAGUGUGACCUCCCAGAAGUUACCGUUUCAGGCUUCGACGGCGUUCUUGCAGUCGAAAUGACCAUAGUCAUUAAAGAGGUGUCCAUCCACAGGGACCGGGACUCCUCCUGCCUCGAAUGGCUCACCCUACCGUCUCCGGGGAAGUGCAUCGAGAGGAUCAAGAACCAAGUUCGCAUACACCUGACCCCGGAGUGCAGUAUGCACAUCCACAUCCGGCCGCAGACCAUGCUCGAGUUCGACCUGCCGGCGUUCAAGAAGAUGGCUUCACUUCUCUGGCUCGCCGAGGAGCGACUUGACAAGCUCUACCAUCCGGCGCGCAAUAACCCGCACAGCCCUUUCCACCGCUCUCUCCGAUGUCACUCAAACUUGGCCCGGGACAGGAACCCUCACGUCACAGGUCUUCUGGACGAUCAUGCUGCCGUCUUGGGCAGUUUGAACUUUGAAAAUGCCGACAGAACCAAGUUAGCCACGAUAUGGCAGGCGUCUGACCACCACCAGCUGCGCGAGUUGCUCCGGGCCCAUGCAGCCGUCGGAAAACACGACUACCCUGCGUACAACUUCUUCAACUUGUUCAUGGCCUCCGAGAAGCAGACGAUUGAGUUCCGCAAGACGGAAUCAACGAUAGACGCACAGGUGAUUGACGCCUGGAUCGAGGUCUUCCUUCUCCUCACGGACUUCUGCAUGACCUGCUCGAUCACGGACUUCCAGCACAUAAUGGAGAACCUGGGAAGGUCCGACAAAGUUUACACCACCUGGCACUUGCUUCGAGAUAUCGGAUGCAAGAAUGCCACCGUUGAGGCACUGAAGCGGAAGUUCAUGCAACAGUGGCUUCCCGAGGAGCCGGUCUCUCGCAAUUCCUCGAGGGCCGCUACCAGCACGACCACCAGCAGCAGCAGAUCCACAACCAGGGCCCGCCUCCGGGAUGCUAUUCGUGAUGGCACCGAGAGGGUUGGGGGAAAGAUUGCUGGAGGGUACAGCUAUGGCCGCUGA